CAACGUUCAACGUUUAAACGUACGUAAGCUAGCGUCAGACCUUCCGCCGACACCAUGACGCGUCGAACGGCAUCUUGGUCUAUCUAGGCUAGGUAACGGACGACGGUGUGUAUAUAAGGCGACUGUGGAACAGAUAAGUUCAUUGCCACUCGGAACUGCACGGUUUUAGGGAGAAACGGCAACAACAAGACAUUGAACAUGAUCCACACUACCACUCAUCUCGGAGGGACUGCCAGCGACGUUGUCGUUGGCAAGGUAGCGCAUGGCUUGAUGAUGAUGACCUGGAGAGAUCCGCAGCAUUCUCUCCCAGAUGAAGAAGCCUUCGAGGCUAUCAAGGCCGGCGUCGAUGCUUUACCUUCCGGUACCAAGAUGCUAAUCAAUAGCGGUGAAUUCUAUGGGCCGAAUCUCUCUACGGCCAACUUGGAGCUAAUCGCCAGGUUCUUCGACAAGUAUCCUGAAUAUGCUGACAAGACCUUCCUGUCGGUGAAGGGCGGUGCAGUAGUCGGCGAGCUGAAUAUCGAUUCAUCGCCAGAGAACCUCAGACGCAGCGUUGACAAGAUCAACUCUGUCCUUCGCGGCACGAAGAAGUUGGAUUUGUUUGAGUCUGCUCGAGUCGACCCGAAGAUUCCCAUCGAGGAGGCCGUCAAGACGCUGGCGGAACUCGUUAAGGAGGGAAAAUUCAGCCACAUUGGCUUGUCUGAAUGCAAAGCGGAGACUCUGAGGCGCGCGCACGCCGUUCAUCCCAUCUCGAUCGUCGAGAUUGAAGUCAGCCUUUGGUCUUACGAGGAAGAGACCAAAAAGGUCAUUGCUGCAGCCAAGGAGCUGGGCAUCGCAGUCGCUGCAUACUCCCCAUUGGGAAGAGGCUUCUUGACUGGUUCUAUCAAGAAAACUGACGAUCUAACUGAUGGCGAUUUUCGCCGACAGAUGACCCGUUUCCGCGAAGAGCACAUCGAACAGAACCUGGCGUUCGUGGAAGCUCUAAAGGCUAUCGCAGCAAAGAAGAACAUUACACCAGCCCAGAUCGCGAUCGCUUGGGUCUCAUCUCUCGGAGAGCAUGUGAUCCCUCUUCCCGGCUCGUCUAACAAGAAGCGCACUCUUGAGAACCUCGCCGCAGCGGAUAUUGUCCUGACGGAGGCUGACAAGGCUGAGAUUGCCAAGGUCAUGUCCGAGCAUCACAUCAAGGGCGAUCGUUACUUCGGUAAUGAUGCUGCUGCGAUGCUGUGGGGUUGAAGGGGAUGGAUGAAGCUUGAUCGAUUUUUAACGUUCGUUCUCGCUAGUUAUGAUUACGUUUCAUCUCAAAAAAAGAGAAAUGUUCAAAGCUUGUAUAAGAGUAGUCUUCUGGGUAAAAUGAUAUGCUAUCUGUACAUCUCACCGGCAAAAGAACGAGAGCAUUCGUAGACA